AUCAAAUAUAACACCCAAAAUGAACCCAUACUUUCCUUUUAUUAAGCUCGGUGCAACCCCAUAAUACACACUUUUUCACACAUACAGCCAUGAUUUGAACAAGUUAAAGAGAUUUCUUGAAAUUCACAGUUCUGGGCCAUCAUAAAUCUUGCAAAAACAAAACCCCAUCAACUCAUUUCACAAAUUUUGAUUAAAAAAACUUGUGGGUUUGGUUCUAGGGUUCUAAAGGUUCAAUCUUUAAGCAUUUUUGAUCAAAAUGAGUAUAUAUGGGAGGGAUCCAUGGGGUGGUCCACUGGAAAUAGCAGCAGAUUCAACAGCAGAUGAUGAUCGGAGCAGAAAUUCACAAGAUUUUGACAGGGCCGCACUGUCUAGACCUCUUGAUGAGACUCAACAGAGCUGGCUUUUAGGCCCUGGUGAACAGAAGAAGAAGAGAUAUGUUGAUCUUGGGUGUGUUAUUGUGAGCAGAAAAUUCUUUGUUUGGAGUGUUGGCACUCUUCUUGUUGCUGGGCUUAUUGCUGGUUUUAUAACUUUGAUUGUUAAGACUGUGCCACGUCAUCAUCAUCAUCCACCACCUCCUGAUAAUUAUACUCUUGCUUUGAGGAAGGCACUCAUGUUCUUUAAUGCCCAGCGUUCUGGAAAACUUCCGAGGCACAAUAAUGUUUCAUGGAGGGGAAACUCUGGUAUGAAUGAUGGCAAGUCGGAUCCUUCAUGGACUUUAACCAAAGAUUUGGUGGGUGGCUAUUAUGAUGCUGGUGAUGCAAUAAAGUUCAACUUCCCUGCUUCCUUUGCCAUGACAAUGUUGAGCUGGAGUGUUAUUGAAUAUAGUGGCAAAUAUGAAGCUGCAGGGGAGCUUAAUCAUGUUAAAGAGAUCAUUAAGUGGGGAACUGAUUAUUUUCUCAAGACUUUUAAUUCUACCGCUGACAGCAUUGACCGAAUGGCGGCACAAGUAGGAUCGGGUCAAACUUCACCUGGAGUUCCUAAUGAUCAUUACUGUUGGAUGCGUCCCGAAGAUAUUGAUUACCCUCGACCAGUAACUACCUGUACUACCUGCACAGACCUUGCUGCCGAGAUGGCAGCUGCUUUGGCUUCUGCAUCAAUUGUUUUCAAGGACGAUAAGGCUUAUUCAGAGAAGCUUGUGCAUGGUGCUAAAACUCUCUUUAAAUUUUCUAGGGAUAAGAACCGCGCCAGAUAUAGUGCCGGCAAUGAGGCUGAAUUCAUGUAUAAUUCCACAAGCUAUUGGGAUGAGUUUGUCUGGGGUAGUGCUUGGUUGUAUUAUGCUACAGGAAAUAACUCUUAUCUUUCACUUUCGACUAAUAUGAAAAUGGCUAAACAUGCUGGUGCUUUUUGGGGAAGUCCAGAUUAUGGUGUACUUAGCUGGGACAACAAGCUUGCUGGAGCUCAAGUGCUUUUAACUCGUUUGAGAUUGUUCUUGAGUCCUGGAUAUCCGUAUGAAGAAGGCUUAAAGACAUUUCACAACCAGACCAGCAUAUUCAUGUGCUCUUUCCUUCCAUACUUUACAAGCUUUAACAGAACCAGAGGAGGGUUGAUCCAGUUAAAUCAUGGAAGGCCACAGCCUCUUCAGUAUGUAGCUAAUGCGGCCUUCUUGGCAACAUUGUAUAGUGACUAUCUUGAUGCUGCAGAUACACCCGGAUGGUAUUGUGGACCUAAUUUCUACUCAACCGAUGUCAUGCGUACGUUUGCAGAGACCCAGAUUGACUAUAUCCUAGGGAAAAACCCAAGAAAGAUGAGUUACCUUGUCGGGUUUGGCAAUCACUAUCCGAAACAUGUCCAUCAUAGAGGUGCGUCCAUCCCCAAAAACAAGAUCAAGUAUAACUGUAAAGGGGGUUGGAAAUGGAGGGAUACGAGUAAGCCCAAUCCUAACACCAUUGUUGGGGCUAUGGUUGCCGGCCCUGACAGGCAUGACGGUUUCCACGACGUGCGCAGUAAUUACAAUUACACAGAGCCAUCACUUGCAGGAAAUGCUGGCUUAGUGGCAGCUUUGGUUGCUCUUUCGGGCGAUCAGAAAAAAAUAGACAAGAACACCAUGUUCUCUGCAGUUCCGCCGAUGUUCCCCACUCCACCGCCACCUCCGGCUCCUUGGAAACCAUGAGAUCUGAGUAACAGUUAAGCCUCAAAACCUGUGUUAAUAAUUGUUUGCGUUACGUGACUUGUGUUGGAUAUUUUUGUCCCUGUUAGUGAACAUAGUAAAGGUUUAUAUCAUUAAAAUAGUGACAAUUAUGAGGAGAGUGGAUAAGCGCAAUGUAGAAAGAUGAGUUUAGGAGCCUUGUUAGAGCAUGCUGCAUUGGAUCGGCUGUCCAGUACUUUCCUUUGUAAUAUGUGAUGUAUAUUGUCCGGAUGAAAUAGACCAGUUACUAAUUAUUAUCAUUCUGAUAUGCUUCAA